AUGGAUGGCGGCACAGCGGUGGUCUGUGGUGGGGGUAGGGGGCUGUGUGGUGGGUGUAGGUUUAAGGGAAGAAGGAGUAGAGGUCAGGGGGUUAGGGUUGUAUUGUGGUGGCUGGUGGGUGGUUGGCUGGAGGUCUGGGAGGUGGCGGUGGUGCUGGGCGGCUCGGAAUGGGGCGGCGGCAGUGGGGGUGGGAUCGUGGAGGGAGGAGGAGAGGGGAGAGGGAAGAAGGGGAGAAGGGGGAGUGGCUCUGACGAGGGUGGUUCGGCGGUUUGGGUGAUGACGGUUUUGGGCGGCGAUGGUGGUGGUGUGGUGGUUGGGGGGAGAAGGUAG